AUGUGGAGCGCAUCAGAGAGAGCGAACGUUGGGCUCAUCCUGAUCAGCCAGGUGGCAUGGGGCUGCAAUGCCUUUGAGUUUGACACGCAGCGGUGUCGCAGGCCCCACAUGAUUCACUUCCCCGGCUACAAGAUCCAGGAUCUCCUCAAGAUCCUGGAGCUGUCCAUCCCAGCAAAAGAGGAUGUGAGGCUAUACAACCAGUUCCUUCAAACCUUCAUCGGCCCUAUGUUUGCUCGCUGCUCCAGCCGCAUCGAGGACCUACAGAGAGUGACGCAGCAGCUGUAUCCGGAGUACUCGAGGCCGGUGAGGGAGGGGCGCAUCCAGGCAGGCCAAUCCCAGCAGCUGUACACUGCCUUCAAGGACAAGGCAACUGCGGCCAGGGCGGCUUUUGAGAGCGGCCUGCACAACCAGCUCGUGCUCACUGAUGCAGUCACCAGCAGGGGCACCAGCGCAGUGCAGGAGCAUGUCUUGGACUUUGAGCUGCCGUUCGCCAGCAAGUUCCUGCUGCUGGCUGCCUAUGUGUGCUCGCGCAACAAGCCCGCCCUCGACAGGCGCCUGUUCGACCCCAGCAGCCGCGCCGGCCGACGCCGCGGCGCCAUGGCCUCAGACAAGCAGGCGGAGUCUGCGGCGGAGGCGAAGCUGCGGGGGCCGCACAGUUUCCCGCUGGAGCGGUUGAUGGCCACAUACUGGGAGCUGCGCUAUGCUCAGGGGGACACCUGCCCCAACGCUGAGGAGCACCGGGACGCGCAGUCGGCCGAUGUCUUCCUGCAGAUCAGCUCCCUUGUGUCCCUGCGCUUCCUGUCACAGGCUGAAGGAGAGCUGGAUGAGCCCAAGUAUGCAUGCAAUGUCUCGGACGAGCUGGCGGAGAGGAUUGCAAAGAAUGUCAGGGUCAGCCUGAAGGAUUUUGUCUUUUACGUCUAG